GCGAGUCUAACAUAGAGAGGAAGAGAGGGGGAAAGAGGGAGAGAGAGAGAGAGAGAGAGAGAGAGAGAGAGAGAGAGAGAGAGAGAGAGAGAGAGAGAGGCGCUCUUGUGAUCAGCCCAUAUGACUUGGGAGGCUGCAGCCCCUGUUCAGCGACAUCUCGGAGCCUGCCGAAGGAACUGAGAAGACGGGGGAAAGAGAUAGAAGAGAGCGGGGAGAGAGGGAGACAGUGCCUGAGCGGAUGUGUGUGUGUCUGAGGGGAGUGUGUUUAUGUGUGCAAGCGUGCCGGGACAGCUUGCGCCAGAGCUCUGUGUAGGAGACCGGUGAGGGGGAGAGAACACAAGAUCCAGCAGAAGCGAAGAGGAGGAAAAAGAAAGACAGAGCAAGGGAAAAAGAAGGGGAAGAAAAGAAAGAGAGAGAGAUUGAGCAAGAGAGAAAGACUGAAGAGAGAAAGAGCCAUGCUGAAGUUCAGUACCACCCACAUCUCAAGUCACAAUGAGCGGAAGGUGACCUGCAAGCAUCCUGUCUCUGGAACCCCUUCCCAAGACAACUGCAUCUUUGUCGUCAACGAACACGUGAAUUGUGGAAAGCUUGUCCACCCUGUAGUAAACAGACCAGCACAGAAAGCGCCGUCCACGAGCGAACAGGAAAAGAAGGAGCGACCGACGAGCACCAUGAGCGAGGCGUCGAACUACACGGGCGGCUCGGACUACACCACCUACCCCGGCAGCCCCGUGGGCCGGGGGGGCGAGACUGUGCAGGACUUACAACGGCAAUCAAGGCCUCUUUCCAAAAAAAUCCAUAAUUUUGGAAAGAGGUCAAACUCUAUUCGAAGGAAUCCCAAUGCCCCGGUAAUCAAGAGCAGUUGGCUGUACAAACAGGACAGCACAGGGAUGAAAAUGUGGAAGAAGAGAUGGUUCGUUCUCUGUGACAUGUGUCUGUUCUACUACAAAGAUGAGAAAGAGGAAGUCAUCCUGGGAAGCAUCCUGCUGCCGAGCUUUCACAUAUCCCUGCUGUCGGUGGACGAUCACAUAAGCAGGAAAUACGCUUUUAAGGCGACACACCCCAACAUGCGGACGUACUACUUUAGCACAGACAACGCCAAAGACAUGGAGUCCUGGAUGAAGGUCAUGACAGAUGCCGCACUAGUUCGCUCCGAGCCCGCCAACAGGCUGGAUAAGUCGAAGGCCGAUUACUGCAGCGCCCAGGAGAUGAACAACAUCCUGAACCAUCGGGUCCUGAACCAACCCGAGAUCCAGAACAAUGAACGAAACCGUACAUCAGAACCGUCUCGUGGAGCAGAGAAGAAGCCAAAGGUUCUGCCGAAGCCCGGCAAGCAGAAAGAGCACAGCCACCGAUGCACGCUGCAGAGGGAAGGAGACAGGUACACACUGCAGAAAGACGGGGAGAGGUACACAUUACAGAAAGACGGCGACCGCUAUUCUCUCCAGAAGGAUGGGGAGCGCUACUGCCUGCAGAAGGACGGCGAGAGGUACACGCUCCAGAAGGACCCCACUGACAGACAUGCAGCACUACAUAAAGAGGCGGAGAGGGGCUACACCCUCCCCCUCCCGAAAGACGCCAAGAAGUACGCACUCCAAAAAGAAGCCGACUACGCCACCCACAAGGAAAUCGAGAAGUACGUCCUCCAGAAAGACGGAGAGAGACACACCCUCAAGAAGGACAGCAGAUACUCGUCACAGAAGGAAGAGCCGGUGUACGCUCUACAGAAGGAUGGACAGUUAUACGCCUUGCAGAAGGACGGUGAAAGGUUAACCUUGCAGAAGGAUGGGGACAGGUACACGCUCCUCAAGGACGCACACACAGACAGACACACGCUCCACAAGAUGGACAUGGAGCGGUAUGCCCUGUCCAAGGACACUGAGACAUACGUCUCGCAGAAGGACAUUGAGAGGUAUCCUCUCCAGACAGACGCAGAGAAGACAGCGGCCCAGCAACAACAACGGGACACUGUCGACCGAGCCGGCGGCGCUAAACACAGUGUGCUUGACAACUACGCCUACCAUCAUGAGGUGGUAUCCAACACGGAGGAGCCCACUGCCCCAACCACCAGCACCGGUGGUCGGCCAGUGACCAAAAUCAACAGUAUCAAGCUACAGCCUGCCCAGGCGGCGGCCAUCGCCGCUGCAGUUUCUUCAUCAAGGCAGCUCCAACUACAGAUCCAGCAGCAACACCAGCAGCAGACCCAGCAGCAACAGCAACAGCAACAGCAGCACAAGCCCAACCAACUCAACGGGUCUGGGGACCGCAGCCCGCUGGGGGAUGUGGGGGUGGUGCAGCCUGUCAGAGCUCCAGGACACUCCCAGGGCCAGGGACAGGACCAGCAGUUUCAGGCCCAGCAGUUUCAGGUCCAGCAGCAGCAGCAGGCAUUGGGCCACGAACCGGAGAAGAACCUGUCAAGAACCAACUCCAUGCAGCAGCUGGAGCAGUGGGUGAGGACCCACCCCCGGGGGAGGCCCACGGAGGACGACGCCAGGAGCAUCACCUCCUACCAGACGUUACCCAGGAACAUGCCCAGCCAUCGGGCACAGAUACAGCCUCGCUACCCCGAAGGCUACCGAACGCUGCCCCGCAACUGCGGCACUUCUCGCCCAGGCAGCGUGUGUGGCUACGCCGCGCCAGCCUAUGAGCAUGGAGGAGGUGGUGGAGGAGGAGGAGGGAGUGGUAGUGGAGGAGGAACUAGCAGUGGUGGGGGAGGAGGCCAUCAUAACACCCUCACUACGGCGACCGCUCAGGAGAAGAGGCGCUCCAUGAGGGACGACACCAUGUGGCAGCUGUACGAGUGGCAGCAGCGGCAGCAAGGUCUGUGUCUGCGUCCACCACAGGUGAUGAGCCAGCGGCAGGCCUACGCCACCCUCCCUAGCCCUCGCAUCAUGGCCGACAUUGCCGAACACGCCGCCGCGGCAGCAGUGGCGGCAGCCGCAGCGGCUGGGGUGGGCACGACCCCUGGCGCUCGGGGCAGCAUCGCCCAGUCCAUCCCUCCCUCUCCCAUGCACAGUGUCGGCGGAGGUAUCUACCAUACCUACUCUCCGCGGCGGUCGGCACGUAACCACGCGGCACAUUCUGAGUUGUCGUCGCCCAUCUACCGCGGGGACCUGACUAUCGACCGGCGGCACAGCCUCAGGACACACUCCUCUAACAAGUAUGGCUAUGGCUCAAUGGACCGGAGGUCUGUGGCCAUGGGUCCUCCUGUCCAGAGCAUCACCCCACAGUCCCUACAAGGCAAGACGCCAGAGGAGCUGACCCUGCUGCUGAUCAAGCUUCGGCGGCAGCAGGCUGAGCUCACCAGCCUCCGGGAGCACGCGCUCACUCAGCUUAUGCAACUAAACCUCGACGCUGACAACCCAAAGAGCGAUAUCCUCUCCCAUCACCUGCAGAGGAAUCUCAUGUAUUUGGACAGCCAGUUGGGCACUGAGGACUACAGGGAUGGCUCUUACACGUAUCGUCCUGAAGACCUGGAUGUAGAUGCCAAGCUCAGCAGACUGUGUGAACAAGACAAGGUGGUGCGUACCCAGGAGGAUAAGCUGCAGCAGCUCCACAGAGAAAAGCACACACUGGAGACGGCGCUGCUGUCUGCGAGUCAGGAGAUCGAGCUGAGCGGCGAGAACCCGGCGGCGCUGCAGAGCCUCAUCCAGCAGAGAGACGUGCUGCAGAGCGGCCUGCUCAGCACCUGCAGAGAACUCACACGCGUCACCGCGGAGCUGGAGCGGGCGUGGAGAGAGUAUGACCGAAUGGAGGCCGAUGUGAACACAGCCAAGGCCAACCUGCUGGAGAGACUGGAGGCCCUGGGCAGUCCACAGCAGACGGAGCCCCCCAGCCAACAGCACGUAAAGAUCCAGAAGGAGCUUUGGAGGAUCCAAGAUGUUAUCGAGGCCCUGAGCAAGAAUAAACCCAAAAGAAGUGUUGACACCAGCUUCCAAGGCACAAAACCUGUCACAAAUGUCCACAAACCUGAGGGUCCAGACUACCGGUUGUGUAAGAGUGAGCCGGAGCUCACCACAGUAGCCGAGGUGGACGAAUCCAACGGGGAGGACAAGACGGCCGAGCAGUUGUCCGAAGGCAGAGAGAAGGAACCCAGCAGCACGAAAGUGCACCAUCCAGUGGGCAUUGUGCAGCCCAGAGCAAAGUCGCCCGUUUCCGAUUCGACCAGCAUCGCGUCCUAUGUCACUCUGAGGAAGAGCAAAAAGCCAGAUUCCAGAACAGAGCGUCCACGCAGUGCAGUGGAGCAACUAGAAGGUGAGGUCUUCUCAAGACGAGGCAGUAGCAGUGGAGGAGGAGGAGGAGGUGGCAGCAGCGGAGGAGGAGGUGCUCCGGAGGGGGUGCGUCCACGCAUGAGCGUGGAGGAGCAGAUGGAGCGCAUCAGGAGGCACCAGCAGGCCACGCUGAGGAGGCGCGAGAGCGCGGGGGCCUACGACACCUCCCUGUCCAGGAGCUCCUCCUUCAAUAGAGACCAGAUCGUCACCAACCCCUACUACACGCUACAGAGCACCAAGCGCGGCUCCGAGGCUGUUUCCCCAGACAGGCAGAGGCUGGAGGCCUCACUGCAGGCCCUGGAACAGGAGAUGCUGGAGAGGGCGUCUGCCAUGCAGAUCCCCCUACCAGGCAGAGACGCCCAGACCAAACCCCCAACACAGGAGGAGGUACAACCAUCAGAGCAGUCCCCAGCUGAAGAGGAGGAACAGGGGGAAGAGGAGAGCAAGGAAGAGGAGGAGGUGCAUGAGGAGGUGGUGGAGGUGGUGGAGCAAACAGAGGACAGCGAGGAGGCCACAGAAGAGGAGAAGCAGGAGGCUCAGGGGAAAGAAGAGGAGUCUGAAGACAGCUGGAAGACGGAUGAGGAGAUCAUGAUGUUAGCCUCUCAGAACAGCCUGCAGACCGCUGUGCUGGUCAGGGUGGGAACUGAGGAAGACGAGGAGGCAGAGUAUAACGAAGAUGAGGAAGAGGAGGAAGAAGAAGAACAGACGACGGAUGAGGUGGAGGAAGAGGUGGAGGUGGAAGAGGUGGUGGUUGAGGAGGUGGAGAAACGGGGCGGAGAAGAGACGAUGAAGAACAGCAACGAAGUACAACCGGAGACAGAGCCGGAGUCAGAGCCGGAGUCAUCGCCGAAGAUUGAGAAGCCAGCUCUGCAGCACGACAUGGAGACAGUAGAGCAGCAGCAGCAGCAGCAGCAGCAGCAGCAGGACACCAUUAUAAACUGCUCCUACGAGCUGCCUGACGAAACGAGCAAACACAGCCAAGUGGUGGAAGUGAACAACCUCUCCACUCCGCCACAGUCCCCAGGCACCACUCCAACACCGUCCUCCCCGCCGCCCCCGCAAGUCACUGACGGCUCCCACUUCAUGUGUGUCUAGUGCCAGCCACAGCUGAAAUGCAGAACUCUGUGGAGGGCCAAACAUGAGAAGAACAGCGAGAGAGACACAGCAAGAGGAAACACAAGCUGGACUCAAGAUGGCCGCACAGAGCACCAGACCAUCGUCUCCAAUAUGCCACGCACUCAAAUCUCACACUCCACCAUCCACCGCUGCUGCUGCACACUUGCAGCCGACUGUCCUAACCGGACAUCAUAUCGAUUGAUUGACAUGUGUCAACCAUCACGCAGGACAAUGACAGACACUUGACACUCCUUCUCCUGCCCUACGUCCUACUACAUUAACAGUGUUGCCAAUCUGAUCGUCCUCAUCACCGUUUACUAUUAUUAUUAUUAUUAUUAUUAUUAUUAUUAUUAUUAUUAUUAUUAUUAUUAGAAGAGUUUCAUUGUGUAUUUGGGAUGGGUAUACAUGUGCGUGUGAGUGCCUGUGUGCAUACGUGCGUGAAGAUGAGCAUGUGGAGCCUGUGGGCUAAUAAGUGACAUGGUGUGGAUGAGAACUGGGUGCAGCUGUGUACAGGAACACCAGGGGCCUAUACUACAAAGCUGGCCCAGGAGUAAAGUUCAGGAGUCCUCGUUUUCUUGACAAAAUGAGGACUCCAGGCUCUUCUAUUAGGUGAUUUACCUCUUAACUUAACCUGGUUUACUCCUGAACCAGCUUUGUAGUGUAGGCUCCUGUAGUCCCUCUCUAUGCCUGUAGUGCACUCUAUGGGAGGCCUCACAAAAGGUGAUGGAAGAUCAUCUGAAAAGAGUCUCAUUCUUCCAGGUCAUGUUAUCCAAAGACUUAAGUUGCAAACUACUGGACUUUCGAGCUCUAAUAAUGUGUCCAGUUGCUCACCGUACAACUGAACUCUUUUGACAAUGUGUGAGGGGUGUGUCCGAAUCUGUAGUGCUUACUUGUUAUCUACUGUGUGUGCACUGUUUAGUGUGUGUAAUGGCCACUAUGUAUGUAGGGAGUGGAACAUCGCACUGCAUCGCACGCACCGCCUACACAGAGCACUUUGAAGUCAGCAAAUACUGUAUAUGUCAGAUAUGGAUGGAGUGUUGACCCUUGGUCUUGUAUUUUACUGAAACACGUGUUCAAGGGCAUGUGUUUGAUGAGUGGAGGUGCAAAACGCACACCAGAAACAGAGGUGCUGGCAACCAGAAAAUACAAUUGCAGGAGGAGAGAAGUGCCGCACACUCUCAAGUUAAAUAAACAGUU